AUGACUUUCAACACCGAGUGGAUUCCUAACGCCAAGUUCUCCGGCGGCGCGUUUUCUGCCGGCGCAGCCGAUCCAAACCCUUUAAUCAACGUAGACACAGCCCGCUUGAAUGAUGGAGACUCCAUCGACAACAGUUCAAUUGCUUCUGACGACGAAUCGAAUAUUGCUAGAUCCGCUGUUGACCCCUUAAACGAAACACCCGGCGCCAUUGAGCACUCCACCCACAGUGCUUCGCCUCCUGCGUAUCGCUUGGAAGCGCUACCCCCUGGUCCUCCUCAGAAUCCAAUUGAAAUAGAAGAUGAAGAAGUGGAUAACAAGCCCACGAAUAAUGACAAAAUAAAUGGCUAUGAAAGACUAAACAGCCCAAGGUUUGACCCCGUCAAAAUCAUUCCUUUCCAAGCAACCAUCAUUGGUGAAGAGGAAGUCCUUUGCGCUUGA